UGUGUGUGUACGUGGCACCCGUGCGUGCGUGCGAGGGAGCGAGGGAGCGCGCGGAACGGACACAUACACGCUCCCCGCGGCGCGCGCCUGGCUGCGAACGCACUCGGGCGCGAGCGGGCAGGGCAGAUGGACGCUCACGUCUCUCCGGCACUCAGCCCCAUCACCCGCGUCUCAUCUCCCCCUCCUGUCGUCUCGCGGUUUCUCCAGUCUCUCCGCCACUUCUCCAUCGCCAUAUCUCCUCCUGACUCGUCGUCUGUCCCACUACAACACCUCUCCUUCUCUCGUUCCUGCUUAAUCUCCUCCGUCUAUCCAUCGCUCUGCCUGUCUCUCUCUCUCUCUACUUUCUUACUUUCGCGUUUCUUUCUAACAACCGUACUCGCGUUGCGUUGAAACUCUCCCUUUCCCGACUCGCCGCGUCUUAGCACCAGCAGUAUAGCCAGUCCAUCACACACUCGCGACCUCCUGUCUCUCGCUCUUCACGCCUCGCACGUGUGCACUCUCUCCAACACGGAGCGGCGCAUCUCGCCUCCCGCAGCGAGCGAGAGAUUUAGAGGGAGCGAGCGCACGCGCGCGCGUGAGUGGAACGAGGAGCAGGAGAAGAAAGCGUUCGCAAGAGACAGGAGAGAGUUUGCCCACCUGCCGGCCAGCACUGCGAAUGAGCAGACGGAGACAGAGCAAGGCAGAGAGACAAACGCAGAGAGACACACAGAGAGGGACAGCGUUGUGCGCGAGCCCUUGCCCAUGGAGGAGAGAGUGCCAACGAGUCCGGGGGCUCUCGGAGGAUCAUGGAACCUGAGCCGUCUCGACUUGGCCAUCAACGGAAGCUACCCGGGCAUGCAGGAGCAUAUCGUGAGCGCCAUCGUCGUCCCCGUCAUCUUCUUCGUCAUCUUCCUGCUCGGCAUCGUGGGCAACUCGCUCGUCAUCCUCGUGCUCGUGCGCAUCAAGUUCGGCAAGUCGCACAGCAUCACCAACGUGUUCGUGCUCACCCUGAGCGUGGCCGACCUCACCUUCCUGUUCUUCUGCGUGCCCUCCGAGGCCACCUACUACUUCCUGCCCGACUGGGUGUUCGGAGCCUUCCUCUGCAAGGGCGUCCCCUACGUCUUCACCGCCUCGAUGCUCGUGAGCAUCUUCACGCUCGUGGCGAUGUCCGUGGACCGCUACAUCGCCAUCGUGCACGCGCGGCGCGCCGCCGCGGUGCGCUCCGUGCGCCGCGCGCUGGGCGCCGUGAGCGCGCUCUGGCUGCUGUCCUUGGUGCUGGCGGUGCCCAGGGCUCACUACCACACCAUCGUGGUUUACAAGGAGCACGGCAACUUCUGCUGGGAGGUGUGGAGCCACAAGAAUCUCAAGAGCACCUACAGGGCCGUCAUCUUCUCGCUCGGAUACCUGCUGCCGCUCGUGCUCAUCAGCGCGUGCUACGCACGGGUGGUCUCCCACGUGCACAGAAAGAUCCAAAACACAUCAAAAAAAUCCAUCAUGUCCAAGAGAAAGACGGCGAAGACGGUGCUCGUGCUGGUCGUGGUGUUUCUGGUGUCGUGGCUGCCGCACCACGUCAUCCUCCUGUGGGUCGAAUUCGGCUCCUUCCCGCUCACGAACGCCUCCUUCGCGUUCCGCAUCGUGGCCCACUGCCUCUCGUACGGCAACUCGUGCGUCAACCCCUUCAUCUACGGCUUCCUGUCGCAGAACUUCCGCGAGGCCUACCGCCAGCUGCUGCGCUGUGAGGGCCGCGCGGUCGGCGGCGGAGGAGGAGGAGGAGGCGGUGGCGGCGGCGGAGGAGUCAUCGGAGGGGUCGGAGGCGUUCCGCGCGUGUCCGUGACGGCGCGCUCCGUGCACUACCGCAACGACCACACGUCCGGGGGAACGCUGUCACUCACCUGCCUAUAGACCCCCCCCGCCACCACUCAGCUCCACUGAUAUCCCCACCACCACCCUAUCCCCCUCCACUUCCCACCCCCACCGUGUCUCAGCUGCCACCGCGCCAUCGUGAAGGUGGUUGCGACGGACGAAUGAACGCGGGCAGAAUGAACAAAUUGCGAUGAGGGUUUUUGUUCUUCUUCAGCUCGGGUUGUAACUGUGUUGUUCGUAUCUUCUUUGGUCAUUUGCUCACUGGUCUCACAAUGGCGCUGUCAGUGCUAUGAUGUUAGACGGAUCGAACGCUCAGUGCGUGUGUUCGGGAAUGGCACCGUGGAAUGAGACAUUGUAGAACUGCCUCUGGAAAUCCUCACAAGUGACCUUUUUUUUAACAAUCUCUGCUACCACAGCAACGUCAGUCAAGUGGCAAUCAAACUGGCAUUAUUGAAUUGUCAGAGCUGAGCGUUGAGCCAAAUUAAGUAAAACAAAAUCAAACAUAGCGUGAUGUGUUUGUGAAGUCAUUGGUGACCAGCCUUUAGACCACCAUCUCACUACACUCGUGAACCCAUUUUAAUCACGGAGAGCUGAAACCCGGAUUCAAACCCUAGGAUCUCAGCGGUAUCCUCUGAGCAUUCUCUCUUACCCCUGAAGGUUGCUCUUGGGACGGACUUGGCCCAGACAUUGGGAUGUGUAAUUGUGUUUCAGUGGUCUUGGGUGUCCCGACUGAUGCAGCAGGAUCAUCGAACGCCUCCGCUUUCAAGAGUAUGGAACAAAAGCUGGAAAGUGUUCAGGGAAGCAUGGAGGGGAUACGUGCAUUCGACAAUAUACGGAGUUGUAUUAGUACGGUUGGCUAGGUACGUUGCGAAAGAAGUUAUACAUACAUAUGUAGUGAUGCACUUCACAGACACUAGAAUGGGAGGCACUCUGUUGAUUAAGGCCCUCUCAGGCACUGGGAGUCCUCCACGGGGUCCCCCAUUAAUUUCCCCUCGGCCACGCCCCCCUUCCAGGACCUACCAGAAGGUUCUCGGGCUUUUUCUCACCUACCCCCUCUGUCACCUUGUCCCCGCAUCCUUUCCUUUCGCCUAUCCCCUGACCUGCUGGCCGACAGGGCUGCUACAGCAGCAGGUCCUCUUUUUGCCAGCAACCUGCGCUACCCGCCAUAGUGAUCCAUUCCAUGUCAUUAAACAUACAUGAAAGACACAAUUUUGACUUAAGAAAAGCAAGUGGGCUCGGUCAUGAGACAUCGUUAGAGAUAGGGGUGAUGGCUGCUGGUCAAGACCAAAGAUGGAGUGGUAGCCAAGGGAGAGAAUGCACCCGAGAGGACGUCCACAGAGGAGAUGAAGCGAUGAUUGUUUUUAGACGCAGAGGACACGAACACCUGGACACAUCUGGUGACCGGCCUUCUUCAGGAAAUAUGGAGCUUUAAGGUCUUGGCAGUGGGUGGAUAUGCGCAUUUACUGUGUGGACAUCCACGGGUCUUAUCAGUUUGCCGAAUGUGACUGCUCUAUUAAACCUGCUGUCAUGAAUAUGACUGAACGUGAAUAAUCCUUUUGGAGAUAGGAGUCCAGCAAAGCUGAUGCAUCACGAAUUCCUGCAUGUGUAAAUCAGCCCAACGGGAAUGUUUAAUGGGGUUUUUUUUAUUGAUGCCAUGACAAAUGUGAAUACAUGUGAAUUAUCAACUAAUGUUUGUAAGAUAAAUCAUCGUGGUUGCUUGAUGUAUAGACUGCUCCCCACCGCCGAAAUGUGGAAUUGUCAUCACUGACUCUGGGAUAAUUCCACAACGUUCAAAACUCAUGAAACUCAUGAACGCGUGACACUCCUUUGAGGAUGGUGACAGUUUAAUUUGUGCGUGGCAUUUUUUCCCAAAUGCUUGUUUCAUUUAAAAAAAAAUACUCAGAAUUAACCCCCCAUUUCCAAUUGCAUUGUCUUACUUUUUCACAGCAUUCCUACAACAACAGGAACAACAGGAACGUGCGUUUAUAUUGUGGCCAUACUUUUUGGGGGUUUUAACCUAGGGGACCCCCUGAUGGCAACUGUCCUCUGAAUCAUAUCCCCUUGUGAUCCACGGGACCUGCGUUGAAGACCUUUGCGACAUGAAGCGACAGCCGAGGUGGAAAACGAGCGCGCAACAUUUCGGCACAGCGGACGUGAGGAUGCACAGAUGGAUGUAUUUACUUAUUUAUUUACUUCGCUCUUGCUCCAUUCCCUAAAGGACCAGGCCCUGGAGCGCACCACCCUCGCCAUCGCAAACCGCAUCAGGAGGCGUUGAUCGGUGUUGAUUGACGGACACGACAAUCCGUGUUCGCGGACGCGAGGUGUGUGAUGUAAAUGAGCCGAUAUGAAUCGUGCGGGCGAAUUGAUCGUCAGCGGAGGGAGCGUUCGACCGCGAUGCUCCCCCGUGAAUGGGGGUGAGGGGGCUAUCGAUCGAGGCCGUGGGGGGGGGGGGGGGGCAUGCCAAUACGUCCCACUGACCGAAACCGCUCUCUCCGCACUAAUAGAGCAUAUAAACAUCCAGGCGGCAUGCUCACAGCAUGGAGCUGCCGUUGUAAUCGCCACCAACGCGCCCCGUCGCGUCGGAUUUUGUGAAGCUAAGCAGGGCGGAGCCUGCUGUGUACACGGACGGGAGGCUGCUUGAGAAUGCCAGCUGGUGUAGGUGUGUGUGUGUGUGUGCUGCGAGUCAACCAGGAAAUAGCAGUGCAGAAAUAGGUUCUUGAAUCAAUCAAUGCGGAGCUUCGGUGCGUUACCCACCUGAAUUUUUCCGGGUACCCUAGUUCCCUACAACAGGAAGCUAAACACGAAUGGACAUGGCCAACUUCCCAAUGGAGGACGCUCCUCCUGAAAAAGAUUCUCGGUGAGACUUUCUUGGUUUAAAAAAAAAUCAUCGUCAUUUUUUUAUAACAGUACGGUAAAAAAUGGUCUGCUGUUAUUCAUCCCACCACUGAAUUCCGACCUUCCAACACCGUGCUGGUCAUCGAAAAAAUGUAACCAUACUUCACCACGCUGGUCAGCAUGGGUUGGUGAAGGGUCAGGGGUUUGCCAAUAACCGUUCAGAUGUCACUUCGCCACUGAUGUUAGCUGGGUUCAAAACGUGAUGUACGCUAACCACUGCAUGCACUGUUCCACUACUGAAACCCCAGAAGGCCAUAUAUAUUCGUGAUUAAAUGAGAUUUUUGUUUUAAUGUC